GGCUCAGCAACAGCCGCGUCAUAGCUUCGUUGAAAGAAGGCGACGGGCUUCAUUGAUUAAGGGUGAAAUUCUCCUUACACCAAAUCGAAAAAUAUUAGACACACAGCGAAUUGCACAGUUAAUACACAUCUACUGAAACCCAUACAAACUGCACUCGGACGACGGCGAGCUGGCGCAGGUAGCAGGGUGCCCGUGGACCAUGAGGGACAGCGGGGCAAGCUUGGCUCCAAACCGCUGGCAGGGGGAGCUCUCCUUGACUGUGAGCCAUGAGGGCAGUGGUGGAGGAAUGGCAGGAGGGCACCUCUUGGGUCCUGAAUCUCCCCCUAAUGCCCAAAGCGCUAUGGACUUCAAAGUGGGCCACAAGGAGAGGGGGUGGACUGGAGAAUACAUAGAGACUGAUGAGAUGGAUGAAGAGGAUGGAUUUGAUGAAGAAGAAGAGGAGGAGGAAUUAGAAGAGGACCAGUUGGACGAAGGUGAAGAGAUCAGUUCUGAAUGUGCUCCAGUAGAAGAGGAGGAGGAUAUGGGGGACUGGCACGACCCACACAAAUCGUUGCCUCAAAUGGCACAUUACUACCAGAACUUUUCACCUUCAAAUAAGGAGCAAGACAAACCUGAAGCCCGGGAUGACCCUGAGAGACCCCUCUGGGCUCGACUUCAUGGCCUCAGGCAGCAGAGGCUGAAGCGGUGGAGGAGGCUCCGGGCCUCGACGCGGCUGCGCUUCCGGCUUGCUCAGAACUGGAAAACAUGGCGGCAACGGGCGCAGUGGGUUGGCACGCUUGGAUACAGACGGGCAAGGCGGUGGCGUCAGUAUAAUCUUUAUCCAAGCAGGCAGAGGCGAGACCCAGGGUUGCCCAACUCGAGAGCAGCAGCACAGACUGCAAAUGAAAGUGACACAGCUUCAUUUAGUGAUUUGAAUGGGUAUCAUAGCAUUUCCCAGUCCAGCUCAGCAGUCAGUGUUGGAAACAAUGAAAGGCAAGGUUUCUCUUCAGUUUCCAUGCAAAGAGUGGAGAUGGCCCUCACAAAAGAGCAUGUGUCCUGUGUCCAAGGCAUUUUGGAUGAGUCUCUCCAUAAAUAUGGCAGUCUGAUCCCUAUACAUACUGAUGAUAUUGUGGAGCAACUGCAGGAGAUCUUCAGUGAGAGCUUCUCUCAAGCUUACAGGAAAGCAGAGGUGCACCAGAUAAUCCAGUCCUACCAGAGGUCCCCAGGUACGAGCAUGGUGCGAGGGUUCAGUGUUAACUACAAGCGCCAUGUUCUCACAAUGGAUGAUCUCAGCACUCUAUAUGGACAAAACUGGCUCAAUGACCAAGUUAUGAACAUGUAUGGGGACCUUGUAAUGGAUUCAGUGCCUGACAAGGUCCAUUUCUUCAACAGCUUCUUUUAUGAUAAGCUGCGAACUAAAGGUUAUGAAGGAGUUAAACGGUGGACAAAAAAUGUUGACAUCUUCAGCAAGGAUCUCCUGUUGAUUCCCAUUCACCUGGAAGUGCAUUGGUCACUUGUAUCAGUGGACAUCAAACAGCGUUACAUCACUUACUUUGACUCCCAGCGAACCCUUAAUCGACGGUGUCCCAAGCAUAUUUUUAAAUACCUCCAGGCAGAAGCUAUUAUAAAACAACAGAGAGAUUUUCUCACUGGGUGGAGAGGCUUUUUCAAAAUGAAUGUAGGAAGGCAGAAUAAUGACAGCGACUGUGGGGCUUUUGUCCUUCAGUACUGUAAGUGUCUGUCAUUAGGGCAGCCCUUCAGCUUCAGUCAGCAGGAUAUGCCUAAACUGAGAAGACUCAUGUACAAAGAACUCUGUCACUGCAAGCUCUCACUGUGAUAACUGUUUAGGGGUUAUGCAGCAAGAGGUGGGGGGAAGAAACAGCUGGAAACCUUCAUGUUCCCAAAAGGCAGAGAGAGACUAUAAAACAGGAUAUCACAUUAUCAAACCCACUUUUUUCUUCUUUUUUUCUUUCUUUCUUUUCUUUUUUUUCUUUCUUUCUUUUUUUUUUUUUU